CUGGAAAGCAGAGCUAGCUUAUAAAUAGAGUUAUGGAAUGAGCUUGCGGAGCACUUUGUCUCCUACCUCUCAGUGUCAGCGAGACCGAGAAUAACACGACAGACACAGGAACAUCCAACUUCUCUGUGCCAACAACAGCCAGAAUGUGUGAGCCACUACCCAAGGAGAGGACCAUUGAGCUGAGGAAAAAACACAUAGGGUAAGAGAGGCCAUCUGCUUGCAACUACAUGGACCGUACACAAUUAUAAUAGAAUAUUUAAUAAAUGGGCUGAAUAUUGUUUAGGAUUUAGGUCAUUUUCAUACUUUGCCUGCAGAAAAAAAAUACUAUUGGUAAAAAAAGCAAUUACCUUCUGCUGAAAAGACCGGUGUGUUAUUUUAUGAUAUGUAAAGUUCUUUAAAUAUACAUUUUUGAAUCACAAAUAUAUAAAUGUGUGUAUGUAUAUAUAUAUAUAUAUAUAUAUAUACAUUUUGUUUAAUGUAAUUUUUUAUUUAUAAAAUAUUUUACCAGGAAUGAUGCAUUGAGAUUUCCCUCGUUUUCAAGUAUGUCCUGGGUCCACGAAACAUACUAUAUAUUACAGAGAAGUGUUAAAUUGCAGAGUAUUAUUUUAUUAUGCUGAUUAGAUGAUCAAUUGUAAAGUAUGAGACGUGUAACUUCUUAUAUUUUUGGAUACAACAAAAGAAUACAGAGGCAGAGCUCCCUAAGGGCCCCUUCUCUCAAACAGUUCAUGGAGUUCGUUUUAUGCAGGCUAUAGGAUGUCAUGUAAUUUAUAUAUUAGAGCAGAGUAGACAGUUGGGUGUUGCAAUCCAUAGCUGCUGAAGGGUUAUUUCUUUUAACUCUUUAACUAAUGGCACUCCUUUGGUUCUUGGCAAAAAGGUUAAUGGACUCUGAUGGUAUUUUUUUUAUAUAUUUCCAUUUCCAUUGAUCCAUAGCAUUAAAAGGUCACUCUGCCAGUGAUGGGUCAUAUUAUACGCAGUCCUACUAAGAUUCAUGUGGAAUUGUUACAGUAGAAUGUUAUGUUACCUGAUAGACUGCAUAUCAGCUGAUAAAGUUACAUGCUGAGAGCAAACUAGAUUAGGACAAUGGGGUCCUCCUCCCCCCCACCCCCCAACACUUAUAAUGUCACUUCCAGAGAUGUGUUAAAUUGCUGAUUAUUAUUUUAUUAUGCUGAUUAGAUGAUCAAUUGUAAAGUAUGAGACAUGUAACUUCUUAUAUAUUUGGAUACAACAAAAGAAAACAGGCUCCUGCGGGCCACUCCUCUCAAACAGUUCAUGGAGUUCAUGUUAUGCAGGCUAUAGGAUGCCACAUAAUCCCUUCAGGUCAGAACAGACUAUCUAGCUGGAAUUUAAAAACAGCCUCCUGUCUUACUGCUUGCUUCUUGACUGACACAUGGCAUCAUUCUGCUUUUCAUAACACGACAUGCUGUUUGUUUUUUUAAAGCAGAACACAAUGAAACUUAAGUCUUUCAAAAUAUACUAAACCGUUAAUACUGUAUAAUUGUCAAGUGCAAUUAGCUAAAUGCCACUUUGGUAUCUAGAGAGUUAGUUUUUUUUUUCUUAAAUGAAUGUUUUAUAAAUUCCCCUACUGCUUGAACAGAAUUACACAAUAGUUGUGAUGUUUUGCACAGAUCAUCAGACAGCUGCGACCCCCUCCCAAUAUCCAGCCCCUUCCCCUUUAUCCCACCCCCACCCGUUAUCCGCCUUCCAAAAACUCCAGUGGUUUUAUGAGUUCACAUUUAACCCACUAAACCAGUGUAAGCUACAUUUCUGGUAGUAGCGAAUUAUUCUGAGCUUAAAAACAUAUUUCUAAACAUUUGGCUGAAAAUAAGUUGAUACAAUAAAUGAGUUGGAUAGUUCUUUUUAGUACAUUUUUGUCUAAACUGUUGUUUUCAGACCCAUUGUUAAGUUAAUAAGUUAAAAAGCACAGAAUGUAACUGUUAGAAUUUGUAAAGAAGACAGACACCCUACAUGACAAGCAUAUUAAAUAACCAACGCAGGGCAGACUGCUUUUACAUGAACUCCAAUCCUUUUAAGACAUGUAAAGACAUCUUCAGGGAUUGGCAAAUUAUUAUUUUUUCCAUGCGCAACACCUUCAUUUAAAUGUGUACAAUAAAAUUAAAGAAUAAUUAUCUAUGAAUAUGUUGGUUGUGUCCUUUUUUUGUUUUUUUAUUUAAUCUCAUUUCCUUUUUUAAUUGACAUAUCCUGCUGGGCAACACAUACAAAUUAACUGGAUACCUGCAUGCAUGUGUAUGCCACUACUAAAGCAUGCAUGUACCUUUGUAGCAUUUUUUUUGUAGCUCUACUGCUCAAUAAUAUGAGCAUCCAUCAUUCCAAAUUGUAUCAACUUUAUGCUGUAUAGGUGAGAAUGAGAAAUGAAUGGAAUUGUUGGCACCUACUUGCACCAUGAAAAUAAGAACUAACCUUGGCCAAAAAUGACAAGCUUACUCAAAAGAAGCCACACAAAAAAAAAGGACACUAUAGGCAACCAGACAAGUUUAUCUCAGUGAAGUUGUCUGGGUACAGUGUCCUUGUCCUUUUUUAUCAUGCUAUGUAAAACAUUGUCAUAUUAGUAGACAUGAUAACAUCGCGGGUAAAUAAACCUCUAGUGGCUGUCUUCCUGAGAGACACUAAGGGCUCUUCUGUUGUGAGCACUGAGUCAGACUUCAUUCACACACAUCACCUCCUCUGAAUGCUUCUCAUAGAGAACAUUCAAUUGGAAAAGCACAGUACUCGCCACGCAUGUGCUUUGUGUCUAUGUGAAGCAUUGGAUUGGAAGAGAAGACACAGAAGUGAUACCUGCAAAAUGACGAAUGAGUCUCAGCACUGAAAAAAUGUGAAGUAAACUUUUUUCCAAUUUUUUAAUUCAAUUUGGAUGGGUGGUGAAUCUAAUUAUUGAGGUAGUUAGAACACUACAGUGUUAGAAAUAGAUGUUUCUAUCCCUCAUGCUAUAGUAUUAAUUUAAAGUUAGGUUAAUUUCAUAUUAAUUUAUUUACAAAGCAUUUUACCAGAAGGAAUGCGUUAAUAUUUUUAUUUUUUUUGCAAGUAUCUUAUGUUAACCCAAAGUGAUGCCCAGCUGGCUAAAAGCACAGUCAGCAAUAAUAGAAAAUGCCCUAGUUUGACAAUGUUUGAUAAAGCCCUGUAGAACUAAAGGACUGUGGAAUGGAAACAUUGCUCUGCCUGCUGUAAAGAAAAUAAACCUAAAUAAUUUUUACAGAGAGAGAGAGAACACUAGACUGUUUUCUGUCAUCACUACCUCCCUUUCAUUUGUAUCCUGGGCCACGCAAACAAUACAAAGUUUACACAAAGUUUUCACCUUUAACACGUAGAGUGCUUUUUCAGAUACUGCAGGCGUAGGGAAGGUUUGUUCCGGUAGGUUAUCCUCUGUAUAAGAUGGCUCCAUGAGCUGCUUGCUGGUCGUAAUGGGGUAUGAAAAGUAAGGUUCUAGAAGUGGACUUUAGGUUAUAGUUGUGGAAAGCAGCCAUGUUGCUUAGGUUGUUUUUGGAGUUUACUGGACAUAAUAUGCACAUACACCAAUGAAGAUAAGUGAAAUCUUUCAUAUAACAUACGAACAAAUGUGCCUAAGAAGUAUGUUAACCUACCUAUCUGCCAUCUUGAAAAUAAAAUUAUUCUAUGUAUUAAAAUAAUAAUAAUAGGAAUAACUUAUCUACAGGCAUAUCAUUUUCAAAUCCUAAAAAGCAUUGUGAGUGACGUCAGCCAUGUACACUAACAAGAAAGGAUUCCUAGACGCUUGAUAACUCUAGUGUUUACCUUUGCUCUAACCUUAAUGAGAAUAAAAUACAUGUUUUAAUUUUGUAAUUUUAAAUGCUUUAUUUUUUUUAUUUUUUUACACACGAAUGUCCUUUUAAUUACAGGAAUUGAAAUAAAGAAUUCAGUCAACUGAUUUUACAGAAGCUUUUCAUUUCUAUCCUCUUCUGUAAAGUGUUAGUUUCUGUUUGCUGUAGGUUUUCCGCCUAGUUUUAUUAGCUAAGUAGAUCAUUUCUUUAACCCCUUAAGGACACAUGACAUGUGUGACAUGUCAUGAUUCCCUUUUAUUCCAGAAGUUUGGUCCUUAAGGGGUUAAACAGCAUGAACAGAAUGUUCUGUACAGUGUAGAUACUGGCAGAUAUAGAUGUGAUCUGCCCUUACUGUAUGACUUUUACUAAUUGACUUUUUCCCAGAAUGCUGGUUAUUCUAUUAUUGCAAUCACUGACAGUCUGUUUUCUUCAUAUUAUAAACAGUGAUAAGUGAGUAGUUAUUUAGUAUUGAGAACCAGCCUGAUCUAGUAACAGUAAAGAAUGAACACAUGGAAAACAACCACUAAUAGUCAGUCACACAUUAUCACUCACAAGGGACGGAAGGUUUUCCAUGUUCCAUGUUUACACUAUUUCAUGGUUUUAACUAACACGGUUUACUUUGUUGUAGUAAUUUUAAUGGUAGAUACUAUUAUAUUACUGUCUCUUGGGAGCGUGGAAAAGGUAUUCUGAAUUCCUCUGCAUACAUUUCCUAUUAAGUCAAUAUUGUUCUUUUAAAAGAAUAAAACUGUACAUGAUUUAUAAGUGCAACAUUAAACAUUGAGAGCUAAAGAAAACUAGCAAACUUAAGGGGAAAAAAAAUACAAAAAGAUGGGUCGUGUGCAUUCAGUGAUACGAGAAAUAGAAACAGCAACUCACAAAGCUGUAAUAAAAUCAGAAAGGAAGAGGAAGAUUUGUGUGACAAUACUAUGAUGGGCAAUUGGCAGUACUCCCGGUAUAUGUGUGUUAAGCAGACUGUGUGGUGAUGCCAAGGUACCAGUGAUUAGUAAAUAAAAAAAUCAAUGGGGUGAGGUAGGAAGGGGAAGCAGGUCAAGAUAUGUAAAAUUAUAUAUAUGGUAGGGGUAUAGGAGACCAAGCAAACAUUAAAAAUGGAGGAUGGGGCAGAGCCUAGCAGCACAACAGAGCAGUUGCCAUUACCCACAGCUCUGAAUGAGCCAAAUGUUAUCUCACUCCCAUCACCCGAAUGGUGAAGAAGUAUGUGUGUCCAGAUCCACUCCAAGACAGGUUCAUAAAAUUCUGUUUGUUUUUCCAUUUUGUUUCAAGGCCAUCAUGCAAAGUAUUUUUCGCUAAAGAUCCAAUCAAGAUUGUACAGGCAAAGGGGCAAUAUAUGUUCGAUGAAAGAGGAGAGAGGUACUUGGACUGCAUUAACAAUGUAGCUCACGGUAAGAACAUCAUCAACAUAUUACUAAGUGCAGAUCAAUAUGCAUGAAUUAAAUAAUAGAUUAUAUAAUAUGCAAUUAGGCAUCCUGACAUGCUUUAUGCAGUGCCUGGGGUUCUAGCCAUAUGAUCUCAUUGGAAUGAUGUGUUUUUUUGGCAGUGCUUGUCUAUGAAUAAUGAAUUGUUUCUUUGUUUUUCAGUUGGACAUAGCCAUCCCGAGGUGACAAAGGCUGCUGUAAAACAGAUGGAGUUGCUAAACACAAACUCUAGGUUUCUACACGACAACCUAGUUCAGUAUGCCGAGCGGUUAACGUCCACCCUCCCAGAGAAGCUUUCUGUCUGCUAUUUUGUAAACUCUGGGUAAGUUUUCUGUGAGCCCUAUAAAACAGAUCAUUAUGUUAUUUGUAUUUUGUUUGGCCAGUGUAAGCAAUCAUGUUUCAGUUUACAGGAUAAUAAAUCAGGCUUUGUGUUACUUCACAAGCUUAACCCAUACUCUACCGGGCUUUUUGUUAGAAAAAGAUAGCACAGUAUUUAUUUGAACAAUGCAAUGUUUUGUUGUUUGAAAAUGAUGUGCUUUCUACCUGCAGUAUUUUCUGUCAGGUGAAUUUAUAAAAUAUUGUUGCUAAAUAUUUUGUUUUGAGUCAGGUAAUGACAAUCUAACCAAAGUUGCGUAACAUGGCUGGCAGAAAUGGGGAAUGGAAUAUGUAGACUAGGUAAUUAAAAAAAAGUAUAAGUGCGUCCGCAGUACACUUCCUGGAGCUUUAUGUGUCUUUUGCACCUGCUGGAGGCCAUUACCCAUGGCCAUCGAGGCCCAGCAGACAAUGAUUUGCUCAAUGACCAGUAUGAGCUUACUUAUUUACAUUUAUAAAGAAUUAAAUGUAUUUCUGGGAAUGAAGCUUUCCAGAAAUGCCACCAGAACAUACAAAUAAUGCCUGCAUAUGGGAACAUGAAAUAAUCCAAUUACACAUACACUUGCCACUUGCAUGUCUGUGCUUUUUGUAAUGGUGCAGCCAAUAUGAUUAGUCUCCAGUGUCAGCAAGCAAAUUAAGCUGUGAGUGUACAGGGAUUCCUAACCUCACUGUUAGACUCUAGGUUGUUGGAGCUAAGUGUUAUGGGAGUUAGUAGUAGGUUUAGAGUUAAGGGAGUUAUGGAGUUUUACUUUCCAGGUUCUGUGAAUAGCAGUUAUUAAGCACAGCCAGAUAGAUCACAUGUUUGUGUUUACGAGAAUGCAAUCCAUUAAAUGGAAUCGGUUGAGAAGCUUUUAGCUGUAGUUAGAAAGGAUGUCCAAGAUAUUUUGACUGCAAAUUUCAGGAAACUGAAAACCGCAGUCUUCUUGGAAAAAUACUUGUUUGCUUGCAAUCGUAAAGGAUCUUUGAACUAAAGCUGUAUUUAAAAAAAGGCAUUGAUAGACAGAUGUUACUAAUACAGAUAAUAUCGGUAAAUGGAGGACCCAUUUGGAGGGGGGAGAGUAUGGUUGAGUAUCAUUGUUUUUGAUAUUCAAAGCUACACAUUAACACUAGUUAAGAAACCUAUUUGUCGUAAAGAACCAAAAACCAUAGAAACCUAGAUGAAAGGAAAAAAAAAACCUUGCAUAUUGUGCUCUGAGGUCUAAUGAACCAACAGGCAUCCAUCUUGGCAACAUAAAUGGUAUAUGGUAUAUUUAUUAUUUGAGUUGGAGACACAGAGCGUUUAUUAAAAUUCACAUUUGUUUAUGUUUUGUGUAUUAUCACUGUUAUAAGAUUGAUACUGUUCGGUUAUGUUUUACUUAACAGGUUAAUGAAAUAAGUAACCUUUCUAACAAGUGUAACCUAAAUGAUGUAGUUAAAUGUAAUGGUAGCUAAGCAAACAUCCACUAAACAAUCCACAAUCUGUAACAUUCAACUUUUUCUCAAAUUCUUGUUGCCCCAAUAACCACGUUUACCAUAAUAUCUGAGAUGCUAUAUUCUAGUUGUGAAAUUCAUAUAAGGUUUCUCGUUUGCAGUUCAGAAGCCAAUGAUCUUGCAUUACGAUUGGCUCGACAAUGCACUGGUCAUGAAGAUGUGAUAACUCUUGACAGGUAAGUUCUGUAAAUUUAAACUCAACCAGCCAAUAAUAUCCAUAAUUCUAUGUCUCCUACAUUUAUUGCAUGGGCUACACCGCUGUCCUUCAACAUCUUGUGGACCACCCUAUGUUAAUGCCACCCACCUCUCUGUUUUCAAUGAGAUGGCAUUAUCGCAUAACUGUCAUUAUAUUUGCCUUUUCCUGGCACUAUAGUGGUCCUUUAAGCUUUUAUUUUAAACAACAUUUUUAAACCUACGUUUUUAAAGGAAAUAUUUUAAUGAAGUACAUUAAUCAUUUUCCGAUCUGGGAAUUGACAAUAUGAUAUUGGAAGAAAAGCUGAAAACUAAAAUCUUUUACAAGGUUGUUCAAUAAUGUAAGGAUUGCUGGAAAUUUAAAGUGAAUAAAGAGAAAUUCAAAUUUAAGGACAAAAUAGCUAAACUGAAAGAAGAAUUGCCUUGGAGAUUUUUUUUUAAUUCAGCUCUUAAGCUAAAAUGUUAAAUUCCCUUUCCAUUUAUUUUGAAUUCCCUGCAGUUCUCACUUUAGUGAAUAACCCUGUUAUUUGUUAGGCUCCGUAUAUGAGUCCCUCUUCUUCAAGAAUGAUCUCUAUAAACAUAGAAUAAAAUAAAAUGUAAAAAACUGUUUAAAAUUUCUUUACCAGCCUAUAUUUAUAAUUCUGCUCACAAUUCAAUUUGUUUCAUUCUUAAUUACUUUUAAGACCGUUUAUAACAAAGUACUAAAAAAAACAGAUUUCCUCAAUUAAUUUCCCCUAAAACUAACUUUCUUGAACAACUUCACCCAACAGCAUUUUCCCAACCAAUUUGCAGUAAUGGAAUUCAAGUAUUGAUGUUAUCUGAGCCCUGAAAGUACCAGAAUUACCCAGAGGAGCGCUCAGUCACUGAUACUCUGUUCUAGGUCAUGCUGCUCAUGCAGCUAAUUUCCCUUGUUAUAACUGUUAUUUCCUACAUAACAGAUGCAAUUAGUUUUUUUCAUCAAACUCAUAUUGUACAGAAAUAGUAAUUAGGACAAGUGGUUUAUAUACCAUGGAGACAGGAGACAAGGGAGUGACUAGAAACUUCAGGGGCCGGGUGUAAGAAUCAAUGAAGCAUGCCCCCUCAGAAAAAGCAUGAUUUUGAUACAAAUAUUUAUAUAUUUUUUUGCAAUAAACACUUUAAAUAUUAAAUAUAUCAUCCCCCCACCCCCAUAUAUAUAUAUAUAUAGAGAGAGAGAGAGAGACAAAUUCCCCAUCGGCUCCUGGAGGGAGUGGUUCCAGUACUAGAGUUCCCAGGACUUCCCCUUACCAUACUUCCCCUAACCUCACUCCCACUGCUGUUUUAUGUUCAUUCGCAUAUCUAUAUAUAUUUCCAUAUAUUCCAUUUCUCUCCCUCACACUUUCUUACUUUGUUUCUAUAUUUGCCCUCACUUCCUGUCCCUCUCUAUAUUGUUCCCAUUUUCUGUCCCUCUCUAUUGCCCCCACUUUCUGUUCCUCUCUAUUUUUCCCCACUUUCUGACCCUAUUUUUAUAUUGCCCACUGUCUGUCCUUCUCUAUAUUUCCCUAUGUUUUGUCCCUAUUUUCAUGUUGCCGCACUUUCUGUCCCUCUCUAUAUUGCCCCCACUUGCUGUCCCUUUUUUAUUUUGCCCCACUAUUUGUCCCUCUAUAUAUUGCCCCCACUUUCUGUCUAUCUCUUUAUACUGCUGCACUAUCUGUCCCUCUCUAUAUCUGCCUCCCCCCAUCACUUUCUGUCCAUCUCUUUAUACUACCGCACUAUAUGUCCCUCUCUAGAUCUGCCCCCCCCACAUUCUGUCCCUCUCUUUAUAAUGCUCCACUGUCUGUACCUCUCUAUAUUGCCCCCACUCUCUGUCCUUUUCUUUAUAUUGCUCCAACUUCCUGUCCCUCUCUAUAUUGUCCCCACAUUCCAGCCAUUUCAUCAUAUCCCCCUAAAUACACACGAAGUGUCUGGCCUUCUCCCCAUGUUACCCCCAAACUCCUUUCCAUCUCUCCAUGUUAUCUUUACCUACUGUUUCUCUCUCCUUUAUUUUUCCACCCUGACUUUCUAUCCUCUACAUGUUCACCCCUGCCAUCUUCAAAUUGGUCCCUAUUCAUCUGCUCAUUCUUUGUCCCACUCCCAAUAUUUUUUUCCUUCCUUUUGUUUCCCAAGAUGCACCUUUAUUUCAUCCCAUACCUUUUGUUUAUAGUGUGGCCGAGUGACUGCAUUCGGAUACAUAGACUCACACAUACAUUCUGACAUACAUACAGACACAUAGAUAAAUUGUAGAACUGCACUCAAACCCUUCAUCUAAGGAAUCCUUGGGUGCUAGCCGCAUCAGUCCCAGUACCAGAGGACCAAAAGUAUGAGUAGAAAUGUCGAAAGUAAUCCAGGCACUCCAAGGUAUCCCAAAAAAGGCAACUUUUAUUGGACCCACGAACCAAAAAGCAACGUUUCGACCCUAAAGUCUUUGUCGAAAUGUUGUUUUUUGGUUCGUGGGUCCAAUAAAAGUUGCCUUUUUUGGGAUACUUUGGAGUGCCUGGAUUACUUUCGACAUCUCUACUUAUACAUACAUAGUGACAUACAGGCUGACACAGGCAGCUUAUGUUUUAGCCACCCUCCUGUUUCUUACCUUUUUGGUGCAGGAGGGUUGGUCUGGCAGCUGGCCCUUCCCUCCUCCCUCCCGCACGGAAUCCUUCCUUUGUCCUAGUUCCCAUAAUUCCCAUAAUUCCCAUAAUUCUCUGGAAGCUGCUGACCUUUGCUAAUUGCUACAAAUACUUGCUACAAAGGAUAGUAAAAUAUAAAUGUUAAAAAAAGUUACAACAACAUGACUAAUUGCUUAUUUAUGGCUGACAAUCGUCAUGUGCUGCACUGUUUGUUAGUAUAGUGUCAUUUUAAGAGCAGAUCAUAGAGGACUGUGAAACAGGUAAUUUGGGACUUUCUAGUUUCUGCUGUGAUCUCACAGAUUCACAGAUGCCUAUGUUUCUGUUUUCUUACAUAUUACCUUUUAUUUUUUGCUCUUUUCUAUGUGAUGCUUCAAUUUAAAGGGACAUCUCAGACUGAAGAGGAUCCAUUUAUUUUUUAAUUUGUUACAUGCAUAGUGCAUUCAAAUAUACAAAAAACAUAAUUAUAUAUAAUUUUUCUAAAAUAUGUUUAAAUUAGAAAACACUCACUGCGUCGGCUGCAAGUCCCAAAAAACUGGAAAACGCCUCAUACACCUGCUGCUCCCAUAAAUCUGUGCACCUAAUGGUUCAUGGGAGUUGUAGUUUAUAAGUGUACAGAGAGCCUAGAGUGUUCUUUCAGCUAGUCUUAUUGAUGUUUUCAAUGUGUUCUACAUGUACUGCAUGCAUAUACAAGACAUUGCGUACAAUACUUUAUAAUGAUAUGAUGAAGGGAAUUAAUCAUAGCUCUGUAUAGACUGAAUUACCUCCAGCUGUUGGAAUUCACAUUUAUGGGUUGUUGUUUUUUUUCUUUUUAGUGCUUACCAUGGUCAUGUCACAUCUUUAAUCGAUAUAAGUCCUUACAAAUUUCUUCAGCUUGGAAAGGAAGCCAAAAAGGAUUAUGUGCAUGUGGUAAGUCUGAGUUCAACUAUUCUAAAUAUAUUUUCUUCCCCUGUAUAGCAGUUUUCAAUUGUUCCAGAAGUCCAAAAUUUAUAGCAAAAUGAUCCAAUUAUGUUUUGCAAAUCAUUGCUAAGUUUCUUCCCACUCUGAGGUCCUAAAUAAAGCUGACUAUAUAUAAUUACUUUAAGUCACAGUAAAAUGACAUCUUCCCUACAAGGUAUCUCAUUCUAAUUCCUUAAUAUCUGUGACCCCUGGCUUGGGGUGGACACGGAGAGGAGGGAGUGGGGGCGGGGGGGUGGCACGUCUUGUUCUCUCUUAUUCCACUAGGAUUCUUCCUACCUCCCUUUUUUUCUCUUCUUCUUCCUUCAUUCUUUUAUACAUCUUUUCCCUCUUAUUUCUUGUUUAUGUAGAAUGUAGAGUUACUUGUUUGCUGUGACUGGGGUUUACCCCGUGUAACCUAGUGUUGAUAUUUUCAUAUUAUAAAUAUUCUAUUUUUGCCAGAGGUAGUCAUGAUUUGUUUUUUCUUCAAAUACAUAACAAGCUAUCCAAAACUCAUUGGGACAGGAACCUAAAAGAGUGGCAGGGGACAGGGACACAGUUUUGUCUUUUCAUUAGGACUUUCUUGGGCACACAAUCAUACCACUAGCACACACCUAUGAUUAAUAAUCAGACCCAUGGAGCUUAGAAAUUCAUCAUUUACAUUCAAAAAAAUUAAUUUUUUUUUGUAAAUUGUGAAGAUUUGUUUCUGAAACAACACUCUACUCAUAGCUACUUAUUGGUGAUUCCAUGAGAUUUCUACUGUCCUAAUCAGUCCCCGUAGCUGGUAAAAGCUAAAAAAAAAUUUUAAAUAAUUUUAUUGGGUUUUUUAAUAUUGAAUUAAAAAUAGUCAAUUUGGACUUUUUUUUCAGUUCCAGAUAUUUUAGGCUACUUUUUUAAUUUUCUGUGUCUGUUUAACAAAUUCCCCUUCUUAGCAAAUAAAUACCAAUAGUUUCCUCAGCUAGAUUUAAUUUGCCAUUCCCUUUCAGUCCAAAUCUCCUACAGAGAAAACAAACAUCCUGUUCUUUUUAAAACCUUACAUAAUUCUCCAUCACCAGCCAAUAUUAAACUGUGCUUGAAUGUGCUUUUUAAGAUCAUUAAAAAAAAAUUAGAGGUCAGUCAAGGACAAAUGCCUGCACUUCUCCCACCCUGUGUGUCCAACUGGAGCAUAUCCAACUUUUAACUUUAUGAAUUAUUUAUUUUAGCUACUUUCUUUUCCAAAAUCCACAAACAAAUAUAUAUAUAUACAGACCUCCCAAGUGGCACUGUAUUAAAAUAGUUAGCAAAUGUCAAGCAAAAUAUAUCUUUCACUAAAUAUAGCUUGAUUUUCUAAUUAAAUAUUUUUCACAUAAUCUAUUAGUCAUAAACUCCUGCUUACUCCAACUGGUUAUAUUUUUUAAAUUAACUGACCACAGCAAUUAGUUUUCCAUGAACAUAUUUUUACGGUAUGUGGCUCUUCAGAGAGAAACCCCAUUUUGUUGUAAACCACAGUUGACUUUAUAAAAACCAAUUAACCUCUUCACUACCAAACACUAUUUGAUUGAAAAAAAUAUAUUAGCGUAAUAUUUAUUUGAAGCAAAGGGAUGCACAGCAGUUUUGUGAAUGGAUUCCUUUGGAGACAAACAGAAAAACAAAACGCAUGUAAAUUUACACUUUUUUUUAUUUUUCAUGCUAAAAGCAGGCUGUACACGUGCAUUCUGGUAAACGUGGGUCCAUGUGCGCGCUUGUGUUCAUUAUCAAAAUCCAUCUACCCUUGUGUCAGGUUUAGCAGAAGGAGCGACAAAUAUAAUAAUGAGCUCUAUGCUAAAACAACCAAAGCGAAGUACCAAUAGAAAUACAGCGAGGACAUGGUAUAGCAAAAGGUCAGGUUUACAGGCGAUAAGCAGGCAAAAUGGGUCAGAUACCAGAGAGACAAAUAGAAAGCAGCACAGAAGAGUAUAACACUGAGAGCACAGUACAACUAAGCAAGGUGGACACAAUCUGCUUCAGUUAUAUAGGGGAGAGGGGCACACCUCUCCCGCCUCACUAUUGCCCAUGGCCACACCUUCUAAACCAGUUCUGCCCUCUGCCCUUUAAAGAGGGUGUCUGCCAAGCAUGUGCCUAGGGUCCCCAGGUCAGGUAGGGUCUCCACCUUGGGCUACGAUGCUGGCCGACAUCUCAAUUGGGUUGCGGGCUGUGGUGAGAAGGAGAGAGCCACAUUACCGCUUCCACUUUCCAGAAAUAUGCCAUUCGCCAACCCGUGGUGGCAAACUGGUACACCAUGCCGAGGGCUCCAAUAAGCGAUGGCGUCAGGUGCUGCGAGGGAGUACCGGGUAAGUGAGCGGCGAUCUGACACCUUGUUAAUUGUGUUUUUCUGCCUUUUCUAACCAACUUUUUCUUUUAAAAAAUUUUUGCUUGUACAUUUAGAAAUUGUUAUAUUUAAAUAACAGGAAAAUAAAUACAUUUACAUUGGUGCAAAUCAUCAGAUGUAAUUAUGAAUUAUUUUAACUGCAUCACCUAGCUCUCUAGUUACUAGGUAGAUCAUCAGCCAAAGAAUAAGCCUGGAAACUUCCGCUAUAAACUGACUUUUUGUAUCCUUUGUCAGGCUCCUUCUCCUGACAUCUACAGAGGAAAAUAUAGGGAAGAUCACCCAGACCCAGGGGCAGCAUAUGCUAAGGAAGUAUAUGACAUCAUUAUGGAAGUUCAGCAAAAAAAUCGCAAGGUAAGCAGAAAAUUAGUGAGUUGAAUGUGAAGGACACCAAUUCACGCAAUCACAAAUAACUUCCACUGAAGUAUUUUUGCAUCUCUUUUAACAACUUAAUUAUAUUCAACUAUUUAUUUGAGCUAAACGUUUCAAUGACCAGUACUUUUUUUGUAGUAUUUUCAAAGUCCUUUUGGAAGUUAACAAGUUUUACACAGAAGUAUUGUCUCAAUGAAAACAUAAAUAUGAUGCAACUUUGUACAGGAUUUCUUUUGUGGAAUGCUAUGCAUUCUCUUCACUACAACAUCACUGAGUCUUGGGUGCUGAGUGCACUUAUCUCUGACAAUUCAUGUAUUAAAAACACUAGUAUUCAGCUUUAAAACAAACUUUAUUACAGUAUUUGAUCACCAUAUGCAGGUUUCCGGGAUCCUAAAAAAAAUGCUUUGUGCAUCUUUUUUUUUUUUUUUUAUUCUUUAUUUUUGCUCCACUCAUAGGCAUGAGAGGGCAUGUGCUUAAAGUGGAUGACAUACAGCAGGUGUAAAGCAAAUAAAAGUAACACAAAGGAAAAAAUCAUAGCGAGCAUGCAUGACAUCCUGUGUAUGAGGCCCAUGAGUAGUGGGUUUUAUUUAUAUGGUGUUCUAGUGUUAAAACUGUUGGGGACAUGCAAGAAACCGGCCUUGGGGUUAGUUACCGUGGAGCACAGCUACUGGCUAUAGAUAUUACCUAAGGUCGUGACAAGGCUCAUUGUGUCAGUAGUUGCUGGAGGGCCGGAUAUUACUGUAAGUAUAAUGAGAGACGUGGGUUAAAAAGCUGAAGGCACAAUAGAGUACCUAGUCGGCUUCGCUGUGCUAAGGUGCCGGUGGGAGUUUAUUUCAGCGGACAGUGAAGGCUACAGGUUAUCGGUCUUCGGUGUGGGCUUGGAUUCACCCCUAGGCUCCGUUAAUCAGGAUUGUGGCACUGAGUUGGGUCCGUGGAAUAAAAGUGCAUUAAAUGAGAAGGUGUCAACAAAAUAAUACAUUUUAAAAACGUAGAUCAACUUGAACCGUCAUUGGUGUCAGUCCUGGGUGAGAGUAAGCUUAGUGCUUUAUAUCAGUCCCCUUGGUUCAGGUAGGAGCUGCAGCAUAUGUCUCUGGGAUGGCUCUCUGCGGCACAAACGGACAACCUUCGCCGGGUCCCAUAUGGGUGCUCUCGGGUUUGUGUCUCUGGGUCCGUGUUGAAGCAAGGAAUCUGCUGGUAGGCCCAGCUGGUUCAUGAGUGCUGGUGCUUCUUGGGGGUCGGAGAUAGAGUGGGUGGAUUCCCCAUGCACGACCUGUAGUGCUCUUGGUGAUCACCACCUAUAUUGUAUGCUGUGGUUGCAUGUGUCUUCUACACUGCAGGGUGUCUCCUGAGAGGUCUGCAUAGAAUGAGAGUGUGGUAUUUUCAAAGGAGUGGGGUGUAUUUCCUUUGAGGGCUGAAAGCACCGUUUGCUUGUCUACGCUGUUACGAAAUCUCACCACCAGAUCUCUAGGGGCUUUGGGACCUGGAAAAUCCCUUCGUAGGUGACACCUUUGGCCUGUUUUAGGGUUAAUAGGGCUCCCAUUAGCCACCUUAUGAAGUGUGGGAGCUCCGCCGUGGGGAUCUCCUCUGGCACCCCUCUGACCUUAAGGUUGUUGCGGCGCCUCUGGUCUUCUGUGCUUCUUAAAGGGGAGCUGACUAGUCACAGGAUUUUUAAUAUUGCGUUUUUCUUAUCCCUAUAUUUAACAAAUAUGUAUUUGCAAGUUCCUAAAAAUGUAUUCAUUUUAUAAAUCCACAACUCUUUAUACUUCAUUUAGGUGCCUCCAUUUUACUUCUCUGUCAACCAUUGUUAUAAGCUCUGUCCUUUGUAGCUGACAAUCCGCAUGGGGAAAGCAUACAAUGUUUCUAUUUCUGUUUGAUAUGGCUUUCCCUUGUUUUAACUGGAUUAAAAUAUAAUAUGAUAAAUAUUUUAUAUAAAUUGUAAUGAAAAUAGAGCAUCUCACAAAAACAAUGUUAACACCAGUUAUAGAUGAUUGUUAAAGUUUUUAUUUUCAAUAGUCAGAGAAGUGAUAGUUAACUUUUAAAUGCAUUCUUUAAAGCAUCCUAAGCUUUAUUAAUCAUUGCAUGGGUACUCCAAGUACUAUAACCAAUUCUGAGAUUAAAUGGUUACAGUGCCUAAAAUGUCACUUUAACCAUUAAAUAGUCUAGGCUAGGGUGUGUGAGUUUAGAUGACUCCAAAAUGCUAAUCACAAAAUAAAGUUUGGAUUGUGUUGCAAUUCUUUGCUGUGUGUACUCUCAUGCAAACUUUUCACAACUAGAUGUCAGUUCGUGCAUGGUUACUGAACUGUUGAAAUGUUAUAAAUAGGAGAAUUUCCACUCCAGUAAAUCAUUCAUUAAUUUCACAUAUUAUGUAUAGAAUGGAACAGGACUGCAAGACUUUUAAAGUGUAUAAUCUUAUCUUUUUUUUCUCUCCUCCAAUAGACCCAGUGAUUGCCUGGGGGCUGAUUAAGCAAGGGAAUUUACUAAAUGAAUAUAAUUCAUAUAUAUAAAGCCAGGUUAGACCAGGGGUGGCAAGUGGAGGGGACAUUUCUGACACAGAGCGCUGUGAUGCCUGUCACUACUAGUUUUUAAAACUCCUAAUGCACAUACCCACCAUAACUUUAAAGUGCUCAGUCACUCUACGUAUGAAACCUGAGACACUCAUGAUGUGGCUAGUUGUGAAGGUUCAAACUGCAGGACUGGGGCUGUGACUCGGAGGACUAAAUGAUUAUGCUUUAAAUCUGUAAUGAUUGUUGCUUCUGUUAACCAUGUCAGAUACUUCUUGGUUCCAUAUUAGCAGCAGAGAUUAAUUUUAUAGCCAGCUGCAAAGGUAACAAGGAGUCUAUCGAUGUCCUACUGCUUUAACAAUUCUGUUUGUGAUACAGUUAUCUCUGUAUUCUACUCUGCUCUUUGUAUUUUUUAUAUGUCUUUGUAUUGUGCCCAGUUUGUUUAAUUGAACGAGCAUCUCUGUAUUAUACUCAGAUUUCUGUAUUGUACGCAUAUCUCUGUACUGUAUAGGGAGGAGUAAAAUUCUGGAGGAGGUGUCUGGAACCUUUCAAUCUUAAAUCUUUAUCAGCUGCCACUGGUCUGUACUCUGAAGAGUGAUUGGCACAGAUUGUAAUGAAUUUGUAUGAUUGUUUUUUUCUUUAAGUGUAUCAGAUCAGAGCUGCACCUUGUACACAAUUUGAUAGGUGUGGAGCCUCAAUAAAAGAAAAUCUGUGUGAUCAAGGCUGUAGCACUUGGAAUGCUGUUUUAUGCCUCCCUAAUGUGUUUUUCACAAAACUACAAAAUGUAUCAGAAAACAUGCACUGGAGGUAGAUUUUAGAAGACUUUCUAUAGGCGUAAAGAAUGUUAAUGUAGCUUUAAAAAAAAAUACAAACUACGGAACAGGGAUGUUCUAUGAUACUACAGAGUCCAGAAAUAACACUUUUUUUUUUUUUUUUGUCAAGGACUUUGAAUUUACAACUUAAAGAGUAAUAAUAAAAACGUUAUUUCUUUGCUCAUGCAUUCAUGCUAUUUGGUUCCUACUUCAAAACCUGAUAUUCCAUAUCAGAGUCUAUUUAUUACAGGUUAUUUUUUACAAAACUUAAAUAAAUAGCAAUAUAAUUAAACGCAUUAAAUCUCAGAGUACUUGAUUCUGUGAAAAUCAAAUAAUUAUUUUCCAAAGGUGAAAAAGUAAAAGAAGUUAAAGAAAUGCAAAAAUACCAAUGUGACAACAAAAAUGGAUACAAAUAAAAAUAGCCACUGAUGUUUUUCUUGUUCUUCUUUUUGCCUUGUGAAAUGCGUUGAUUACCCACAAAAUCUUGUAUUUGGUUUUCUGACAAAAGGAUGCUUGUGAGACAAAAAUCAGGAAGAAUACUGGGUGUUGGUUGUAUGCUACAAUGUAAUGUUUUUGUUGUGACAACUCUAAUCUUUUGAGACUGCCUUUGUGUUGUUCAACAUACCUCUUUUUAGUCCAAAGGAUUAGAUGGAUCAAUGACGUGUCUCAAGAAUUACAAAAACCUUUUUACUAAUGGUCAGUUUUCUUUUUCCUUUUUUUCUUCCCUUUCACAUAUUGUAGGUUUUGGUGACGUUUUCCAGUUGCAGAACAAGCUGUGCUAAAGACUAAUGUCUCACCUUCUUUGGAAAGCCUCAUGCUGUUUCACUGUAGUGCGUCUCUUCGAUAUAGUAUAUAUACUACUUUAUUCAGACUUUCAUGAUGAACAUCCUUGUAUUUAUACAAAUGCAAGGGAGGCUGCCUCUUUGCUCACCCUACUCAAGAAAAAAAAUAGCCAUGGAGAUUUUACCUGGGACAUAGUUUAGCAACAGAAAACUAAAUAGAUUGUUAUCCUAAACUGUAUAAUCUUAAUUUCCCUAACCGCGGUGAAGUGUGAGGCAACUAAACAUGAUAUAUUCUUUGUGACAAUGUCCUUCUGAUCAAUGCAAAGCCAAUCAAGCGAAGUUUCAACACAUUUUGUUUUCUAGACUGUUUCUAGACUUAUUCUGCCUACUUAUUCUUGGAAUGUUUCUUGGUAAUAAUAGUUACAGCAACAUGGACAAGUAAAUUAUUUCAUCUUGGCUACAGACUUUAAAUAUCGGCAUGGAGAACUUGAUACACUCUUUAUAUAUAAAUAUAUUGUCUUUUUAUCAUAACCAUUAUUUUUUCCCCAGAAAUAGUUCUCUCAUUUGUUAAUAUACAAUGGUCAACCAAAAUGCUGUUAUAAAAGCCCUAAAAUCACAAAUUAAGCCAUCCUUGGAAUUUGAUGAGAAUUACUUUCAAUAUUUUUUGAGGACUAAUAGUUAGGCUAAUCAAGUUGUUAGGGGAAAACACAUCCAUAUGAAGAUAUAUGGUGCAAUAAGUAGAAACUGGAACUUUGCUCUAAUACUGUCUUCUUUUAUGUAGAUUGCUGCAUUCAUUGCAGAGUCCAUGCAGAGUUGCGGAGGCCAGAUUAUUCCACCACCAGGAUACUUCCAGAAGGUGGCAGAGUAAGUUCCUAUCCUAUUUUUGAUCCUUUUCUUCUUUAAAUUGUUCAUUUUAUCCUGGUCUACUAAAUGAAUGUUUACUUACUAAAAAAUAUAUAUAUAUAUAUAUAUAUAUAUAUAUAUUAAUUUCUAAAAAAAUAUCUAAAUAUCUCAUUAAUUUUUUAAAUGAAAUGCGCUCCAGAAGACUGGUCACAACUUGACUGAAAUGAAUGCUACAUUACAUUUUAUUACAUUUUAAUACACAUUUUACACAAAUGAUGCACAGAAAAGAAUAACAACCAGAUAAAAGUACAAAAACACGCACACAAAGACAUAUGCAAAACACUUACAGCUAUAUAACGUAAAGGGCUUUAGAUUCAUUUCCACCAAAGGUAUAUUUCACCUCUUUGUAUGUUUAUGUAUAUAUAUUUUUUUAUUUCAGAUAUGUCCAUGAAGCAGGUGGAGUAUUCAUUGCAGAUGAAGUCCAAGUUGGAUUUGGAAGAGUUGGAUCACACUUCUGGAGUUUUCAACUGCAAGGAGAGGACUUUGUGCCAGAUAUUGUCACCAUGGGAAAGCCAAUUGGAAAUGGACACCCAAUGUCUUGUGUUGUAACUACUAAAGAAAUUGCAGAAGCCUUUGGAGCUAGUGGACUGGAAUAUUUUAAUACGGUAUGUUCCUGUAAAAAUCAAUAUGUUUGGAUAUCAGGAGGAAAUACAUUUAUACACAGCCUAAAAUUUUAUGGUGGAUAAAUAAGAAUUCUUCUAAGCCUGUAGAUUGAUCUGCACCAACUCAGAAGAUCAUUUUAUUUUAGUCAUAUAGGUCUCAGUUUAAUAAGCUUUCCAAAUGAUAUGUUUACAGUAGUCCUCAUUGAAGUCUACGGGAAUGUGUGUUGAAAAUCCAUUUGGAAAGCUUUUCAAACAGUAUUGGAUCAUUUAGAAAGCUUACUACAUUUUGUCCAUAAUUUUAAUAUUUCAGUAACGUUAUGCAUUGUUUUUUACUAUUUUCAUGUGUGCAUUUUAUAUUGUCGAAAUAUGCUUAGUGUCCACAAUGUUUCUCUGUGAGAAACAUUUCAUGGGACACUGCUCAAAUGUUUAUUUCCUGUGCCCCACACUAUGCAGUCUCCUUCCUGAUUGCUUUGUUUGCUACAGAACCAGGUGGGUUGAGAAUGUGGGCACACUUAGCUAAUAAACAGAUUUAUUACAUUUAUAAAUAUAGCAUUGGAAAUAUCAUAUGUUUUAUGAUUUUGCUAAUGUGAGGCGCAGAAAAUAUUUUCUUUCCUUAUUUGAUAUUCUGUAUUAUUGGUGACCUUAUCUUUUCAAGAAUACAAGAACAGCAGUGAAAUGUUUAUGUAACUGUUUUGUUGUAUGUUCUUUAUAUAGUUUGGUGGUAACCCAGUGUCUUGUGCUAUUGGUAUGGCUGUGAUGGAUAUUAUCGAGAAGGAAGGCUUGAGGGGGAAUGCUGUAAGAGUGGGAAACUAUCUAGUGGAACUCUUAAACGAACUAAAGGAAAAGCAUGAACUGAUUGGUGAUAUCAGGUAAAUUAAAUAAUACAUAUAUGAUGAGAUAAGGAGACAAUGCUUUGUAAUUUGAAACAUUGCAUCCAUGGAUAAGCCACAUUGUUAUAACCACAAUAUAUUACCAGCAGCCCUCACAAUAAGUAUCAUUUGUGUUUUUUUGUUAACAUUGAGUGGUAUGAAUUCAGGAUGAGAAGAUUGUCAGGCCAGUGACUCAGUGAUAGGCAGGUUUUACCAUGUAAGGGCAGUACUCCUCGAAAAGGGGGUAUGCCGGCCUGGCGUCCAUGCAUUUUAGAAUGACUGAAUAUUACACUCAGGGCUGGGCAAGCACAUUGCACGUUUGAGGACUGAAUUCCUUGAGUGCAGUUUGUACAAUCAAACAAUGCACUUGCUCUGAGAUUUGUGAGGACUUGGACACCAGAGACCAACAUUGGGACAAUGGGCCAUUUUUGGAGGUAUUUUACAGAACAUUUGUGCAUGAGUGUAUCAAAGAGACCAACAUGAAACUGAAAUGGAUGUUUGUCAUCUUUGCAAGUAAACAGGAUGUGUAAUUGUGUCUAAAAUAAACAAGGUUUGGUAGCGCAGAGUGACACACAAAAGAAAUCUACAAACUGGGGGGAACCAUCAUACAUUUUGAACUGUGUGCCAAGUAACCAUCGGUACACCUCUGGUAGUAAUGCUUAAGUUUUUUAAUGCUCAAGGUUUGUAGUGUAUGACUAUCAGAAAGCCCCACAGCAAUACAUCACUUAAUAAUAAUAUACACUGCAGUAAUGUGGUUUAUACCAGUUGGUUUUGUUUUAGUAAAUACUCUUUUUCUUGUUCUAUAUGACAAUUACAUAAAUAACUACCACAUGACAGCAUAUGAAAUUUCCUGACAACAUCCUAGUCACUCCAACUAAGCCAAGUAAUUAUAUUAUUUUAUAUAUACUUUUGAAAUGAUUAGAGCAAGUCAUAGCAGCAGCAUUGCUCCCAAAGCCUACAUUUGCCAAUGUAAAAAGUAACUUCUAAAGUUUUUGGAUAAAAUAUAUUUAUAAUUAGAUAAUAAAUAAUGCCAGCAGUAUGCAUGGAAAAGCCACAGUUCUACUUUCACGUUUGUAGAUAGGGAUGUGUGUGCAUUAACACAUAUGGUGUCUUGUUAAGGCAGUGAAUGUGCUUGCAUGGUUCCUCAAUUAUAAAGGAAGCAUGGCAGCUCUGUCUUAUUAAUGUGGAUGCCCAAUAAAGAACUAGGCAUGGACUCCACAAGACUUCUGAACUUGUCCUGUGGUUUCUUGCACAAAGACAUUAGCAGAAGAUCAGAUUUGUUGUACCACAGAUGCUCAAUUUGAUUGGAAUCUGGGGAAUUUGGUGGACAAGGCAACACCUUGAACAAGCAAUAUGAGAAAAGCUUAAAGUAACCCAGUAGCUUGCCCUUCGGUAAAUCCCUGAUCAGGUCUCAAAUAUUUUUAGCUCACUUGUGCCGUUACACAGAGAACUAGUUCCAAAGCACAUCAGACUGAUCUACCCAUAAGGGCAGUCCAAAACCGAAAUGCCGGCAAGUUCUCUCGGCAUUAGAGAUACAGUAAACGCAGAUGAUUAUUUCAGCCUUCUUUGGGCCUCAUCAGUGAGGUGUAGCUGAAAUCCCUCUAGGCACAGUGAGCACGGGGUCCACGUCUGGAUUCAAGGCACUUUUGGUGGAGGACAGGGGUUAUCCAGGGCACUCUAACUGGUCUGCUGCUAUGCAACCCCAUACACAGCAAACUGUGAUGCACUGUGUGCUCUAACUCCUUUCUAUCAUGGCCAGCAAUUUGAGCUUUAGUAGCUCUUCUGUGUGAUCUGGCUUGCCUUCGCUCCCCACGUGCAUCAAUGAGCCUUGGGCACUCUGUGACCAUGAUGCCGGUACACCGGUUGUCCUUUCUUGCACCACUUUUGGUAGAUACUAACCACUGCAUACUGGGAACAUCACAAGACUUGCCAGUUGGAGAUGCUUUGGCCCAGUCAUCUAGCCAUCACUAGUUGACCCUUGUCCAAAGUCACUCAGAUCUUUCCGCUUGCCCAUUUUGCCUGCUCCCAACACAUGAAAUUCAAGAACUAACUGUUCACUUGCUGCCUAAUAUAUCCCAUGCUUUGUCAGGUGCCAUUGUAACAACAUAAUCAAUGUUAUAAACUUCACCUGUCAGUGAUUUUCAUGUUGUGGUUGAUCAUUAUUUUGUGGUUUUAGCAGAACAGAUUAAGGCAUGUCAAGAUAAUAACCAGUUUCUGCAAAGGUAAGGUGUGAUGCCAAGAUUUAGAUGAAUGGGUUGGUUGCAAAAUGCUGUGUUCUUAUAAUAUAUUGGUGUUUAUUAAAUGAAAUAAUGGGUAUUAUCUCUAAAUAAAGUUGUUCCUGUUUCCUGCAGGGGAGCGGGCUUAUUUGUUGGAGUGGAUCUUGUUAAGGACAGACAACUGAGAACUCCUGCAACAGCUGAGGCCCAGCACAUAAUCUAUAAGUAAAUGACAUUCAAAUUACAUUCAGUGAAGAGAUUACACAAGUAUUUAUGUGCAUAUGUACCUAUAUGUGUGUAUGUAUGUGUUGGUGUAAAUGUAUGUGUUUAUGUAUGUAUGCCCAAGUAUGUUAUUUGGGUUAUACCCCUUCCACCCCCACAUUACUCACCUGGCCCUUUUUGGCUUCAGGAGCUUUAGACAUUCCUCAUCCAUCCUUGCAACAAGAAGAACAUUUAAUUUGGAACAUUGCAGCUUUAAAGGCCCCAACCCACAUUCAUCCCUGCAACAAGAAUGCCAUUUAAUUUUACUUGGCUCUACCCACCCUCCCACCUCUCUUCUGACAGUUGUUUGGCACCCAGUGGCGUAUACAUGACCCAUGGGCCCCCCCCUCCCCGCGCUUACUUGGCACGGGUCGGGGCCGUAACACAUGGCGGCGGGCACCUGGUCGCAGGGGUUGCAGGGCUGGGACCCCGCGACCGCGGUAUGCACACACACCUAAAGGACCACUACAGACACCCAGAUCACAUCAGCUCAAUGAAGUGGUCUGGGUGCCAGGUCCCUCUAGUUUUAACCCUGCAGCUGAAAACCUAGCAGUUUCAGAGAAACGGCUAUGUUUCACUGAGGGUUAAUCCAGCCUCUGGUGGCUGUCUCAUUGACAGCCACUAGAGGAGCUUCAGUGAUUCUCACUGUGAAAAUCACAGUGAGAAGACACUGAACGUCCAUAGGAAAGCAUUGAGUAAUGCUUUCUUAUGGGCGGUUUAAAUGCGCGUGCGCCUCUUGCCACGCGUGUGCAUUCGGAGCUGAGAGGCGGAGGCAUCCCCAGCGCCAAGGGAGUCCGGCGCUGGAGAAAGGUAAAUGCUGAAGACACACACUCUCACGAACAGACGCAUACACACUAGCUAACAGACACAUACAUUUACUGACAGAGACACAUUCAGCGACAGACAUACACACUCACUUACAAAACAUACACUUUCACUGACAAACACACACUCACUAACAGACAUUAAACACACUCAGUAACAGGCACACACAGUAACACACUCACUGACACUCAUUAGCAGACACACACCCAAUAACAGACACACUCACAAGCAGACACACCCACUAACACACACACUAACACACACACACUCUAACACACACACAUUUUAAAAAAAAAUUUAAUCCCCCCAGCCUCCUUACCUUUUGGAGAGCUGAGGGGAUUCCCUGGGGUCCAGUGGUGCUGCUGGGCUCCUGGGCGGCCAGUCACUGGGUGGGGAGACAGGCUGGCGCGCGCACGAGGGAGCACUCUCCCCUGAGUGCUUCCUCUUCAGCUCCCUCGCGCGCCGCGUAGGGAUGCCAGCGCCGGAAGAUGACGUCAUAUUCUGGCUCCGGUAUCAGUGCGGUGCGCGAGAAAGCUGAAGAGGAAGCACUCAGGGGAGAGUGCUCCCUCGCGCGCCGGCCACCCAGACAGCCCGCCUGCCCGCCUGCCUGCCGGGUGUCAGCAGGGCCAGGGGCCCUGAAGUGGCCGGCUCCUGGGCCCCCCAGGGGAAGAGGCUGGCCCAGUGGGUACACACCGGGUCGCAGGGGCAGCCGGGCCCCCUGGUGGGCCGGACCCGGUCGCAGCCGCGACCCCUGCGACCCUGGUAUGUACGCCACUGUUGGCACCAUAGUCAAUCAUUCCCUUCACAUGCCAACAGCUGCUGCAGUUAUACUUUUAAUGAUCUCUGCCAUCACAUACAUAUUCCUUUGCUACCUCUUGUCUCAUCUCACCAUUUAAAAAAAAAAAAAAAAAUUUAUUUUAUUUUGAUGAAAACAUAAUGUACCGGUACAGAAAGGAUCAAAUAUAGGGACUCGGAGAUCCCGUUUGCAUUGAAGGCACGGGUAGAAAACAUGAGUCAUACAUCAUGUCAUAUACAUAUCAAUUGGUAUUAAGUUUUGGUUUUGAAGUCUUAGAACCAUAGAUCCUUACACAGCCACGUCCGACAUGGUGCAUGCAUUGUGCUAACAAAAAUCGCUAUAUAACGCAGUGCAUCCGCUCAUGCCUUGCAACAAUUUGCCCCUCUCAUGUCCACCCGUCCAUCCCGCUUCCCCUUUUUCCUGGGGCAUUACUAAUCUUAUAUGGCAUAUCGGGUGUGACAUAAUAGCAAAGCAACAUUAAGGUCAGUUAUCAUUUACAAAAUAUUGAGUACCACAGUAUAUCAUCAUGUUCAAUACUGUUUAUCAGACUCUAAUUGUAAUGUGGAAACGAUGGCUAGGACAUGUCUCAUGAUUUUAUCCGCCCCAUUUAUCCUAAUAGCGAGCUCUCAGGCGCCUGCCCUCGCAUGUGUAUCGCUGUGGGUAUACAUAGCGUUUGCGGGAAGGUCUGCUAUUUCAUCUCCCCAUUUUACCCUUUAGAUUGUAAGCUCAUGGGCACCUCUACCUAUUGUAUCGGUCUGCUUUUAUUGUGUUUUUCUUUUUCCCCAAUUGUACAGCGCUGCAGAAUAUGUUGGCGCUUUAUAAAUAAUAUAAUAAAUAAUAAAUAGGUCUUUUUUUUCAAUGUGUGUAUUUUGAGACUGACAGAUGACAGAUACACUGCUAAGUCAAUUAUGAAACUUCAGAAAUUGGGAAAGUCGCAUAAGAUAUACAUUCAAAUGGUGUGAGGGUUAUCUCACAAAAUUCUUUUUUUUGGUUAAAAGAAUUUAUAACAGUUUAAAAAAAAAUAUUCUAAUACUUGUUUUAUUCCUUACUUAGAUUGAAAGAAAGACGAAUUCUUCUAAGUGCAGAUGGCCCGCACAGAAAUGUUCUCAAAUUCAAACCUCCGAUGUGCUUUACAAAGGAAGAUGCCAAAACAGUGGUGGAUGCAAUUGAUGAAUUUCUUACAGGUAUGAAUGACAGAAUAGGCAUGGAUGAGUUUGUGUGCUAUAGAACUGCCAAGUUUUCUUUUUUGUUUGUUUUCGUUUUAGAGGAAAUCCCUAAUAAGUUGCUUCUUGGCUUAACUCCUGGACAUAAAACCUAUAGAUGAAAGUAUAGGUUCUUUAGAGAGACAAGUAAAAUAGAUGUUUAGGAAAUCAGCCCCCUGGUUUGGGAGGAGUACUGAAAAUGCAGGUAAUUACACUUUGUAAUAAAGGAAUCUAGGUGUAGAUUUAGCAUCACAUGCAGACAUAUAAUAAUCUGUAGAAGAGUUACUUGAUUUAUGGUUGGAGAGCCUCUGGUUAUUCAUAGAAUCAGGAAAGAAACUCCUUAUAGCCUUCAGCUGUCAGGUUAUGCAGAUUAGGUAGCUUUGUACCAGGCUGGUAAAGCAAAGAAGUUGGUAACAAAGCAGGUCUGUAGCGUAGGUAAAGCUGGUAUAAAGCAGAUCAUCAACUUCAUUCAAUGUAAAGGCACAGUAUUGAGCAGGGUGAGACCUUUCCUAGCAGAGGUAAUUAGCCCAGGCAGAUGAGGUAGAGAUGAGGUAGAGGGAAGGAAAGUUCUAGUGGUUAGGGAGACCACUAGUGGCAAAUCAUAGUUACUGCUGAAACAAAAUUGAAUCAAAUUCAUAAAAGUUUCGAAAUUAGGGUUUGGAUCCUGACAGGAGGAACUGCUACUUAGUAAGCAGAGUAAGACUCUACAUUUUGCUGUUAUCUUCAUCUGGUCCUUUAAGACUUCAUGACAGUAUGGAAUGUCCUGUGUAUUUAGUUUUGGCAUCUCUAUGUAGUCAUUAAUCAAGUGGGCCAAUCAGUUUUAUGGUAGGAUUCUUAACCCCUUAAGGACCAAACUUCUGGAAUAAAAGGGAAUCAUCACAUGUCAUGUGUCCUUAAGGGGCUAAAGAGAUUAUUAUGAAGGUAUAGGCCGUCAUUUUCUCAUUUUUGGGUUGAAUAAAAUGAUGUGAACAUUUCUAAUUUUGUGUAUUCUUGUUUUAUUAUAAAUAUUAAGUGUUCCAGCAAUCCUCUUGACAUACUGCAUUUUGUAGAAGGGGAAAAUACAUUCAUGUAAUAUUGCUGCUUUAGUGAUGGCUAGUAGAACCAGUUCAACCAGACUCUACAUAACAUGUAGAAAAAGGAGAAUCCCAUUCACAGGUACAGCACAUGCAACAUUAUUCUGAACUUUUCUUUAUAAAUCUUUUCUAGUUUUGGAAGCAGCGGCUGGAAACAAAUCAAAAAUGGUUACUCAAGGAAGUAAAGGGAUCAAAAGACAAGUAAGUUUCCAACAUCAGAUUUUAUUGAAUUGCAUUUGAAUUACUUUGCACUCAUCAACAGAAUUUUAAAACUACCUUUGGUUAAGCCUUGCAAAACUCUUCUUCCUUGCACCCUCUGCACCCAUAUUGCAAAGCUCUGCACCCACUUAAUGCUGGCCUCUCUUCCACACACCAUGUUUUGAUGUCCACUUGAUUUAGCAAGACAGAGCUGAGAGACCUAACUCCUCAUUUUGCCUCACUUUCCUUCGGGAUUCUAAAAUAUGUCACAUUGUUGUUUUUUUAAAUUGAUUGAUCUGAACUUCUAGGGAGCCGCAAAUGAUAUGUCUACAUCUUCCACCCUGUUUCCUUCCAUUUGCCAGACUAAAUUGCUGCAGGAGGUGCACAGUCAGGACCUAGGACCUUGUUUUACCCCUGUUCCAAGAACAGCCACAUUGGAGUAAACAUAGUAUGUUUAUUUCAUUCAUAAACACGCUAUCAUUUUUGUAUUUCAGGAGAAUGGCGAGAGCUGCAGUGAUAUCUCUGUUGAAGGAGAGAAGACAUGGUCCGACCAGCCAAAGGAAAAUGUUAAUAAUCGACAAGGAAGUGUCUGUAGGCAAGGACGUGGAUUUUCCUCUGAGAAACAUUCAACCAAAAGAAUCAGAACAUGAAGAACAGUUUCUUUAAAGAACACAUAUUGGUUGUGGAUGGUUGAAUUUUAGCUAAACAUUUUUUAUUGAUCGCUAUUUUAUAUGCUAUAUGCCUGUAAUUUUAAUAUAUUAUAUUGAAAUGUUAACAAUAUCCAUGUUUUAAUGGCUUAAAUCUUUUUAGCGAUUCCACAUGGGUUCUUUUUAGAAUUUUUUUAUGUCAGUCUUGGAAUAUUUCUAAACUUCCCUCAUAUUGCUUUAUUUAACACAAACAGGAUCUCCCUACCCAGGCUGAAGUUCUUUUUAGAAAAAUUUAACUGCGUUGUUUUUUUUGCGUAACUGUCUAACAAAGGUGUUUUUUUAAAUGGGUAUUGCAGUGGAACAGGUUCCUGUCUUCAGGGCAUACGUUUGUCAUAUUUUUAAUAUCAGAGGGAAGAGUUCAUAUAACUAAAGGUGCUACAGAAAUUGAGCAUUUUAGCUUUUUGCAGGUGUUUAAUACGCCGUAUAGAUAAUAUGUACCAUUAAUGUAUGUUUUAGCAUGUGUAUCAAACAGGCAUGUAAUCUGAGUGGAUUGAAUUUCUCAAUAUAAAGACUUGUUUGUUUGAUUUCAGUGCUGAUAGUCAUUUGUAUUAUAUUAUGUGUGGAAAAACAUAUGGUGAUAUUCCACUAUUAAUUCGUUUUACCAUUACUUGAAUAACCUUAACAAUGCCAAUAAAGGCUACAUAACUUGUUUGCAUGUCUCAGAUGGUUUUGUAUUAUUAGUAAUAAUUAAUAGCAUCCAUUUAUUGAGGAAAAUG